AUUCAUUCAAGACCGUUCACCCAAAUCGCAGAUUGAAAUGCUUACGCUGCAAAUUUUUGAGGCAUUUGCAAUCAUUUUAUGUGUAUACUUUCUAUGGAGUCGAAGAAGAUUUUAUAUUAUGAUGCUAAAGUUACCAGGACCAAUGGGCUUUCCGUUUAUCGGACUUGCCUUUGAGUACAUUCGCCUAAAACGUAAGAUACGCCUGCGUACCAUUUUAUUUAAAAUAUAUGGAAAAACGGUAUUGACUUGGAUUGGCUUAACUCCCGUCCUGGUGACCUGUGAACCUAAGAUCCUUGAGGACAUUUUCACGUCUCCCAAUUGCAGCAACAGGAGUUCUGUGGUGGACAAGGCCAUUUCAUCAUGUUUAGGACUGGGCCUUCUGACCCUAAAGAAUAAUCAUUGGAAUGAACGACGAAAACUUUUGUUACCAUCGUUUAAGAAUAAUGCUGUUCUAAGUUUUGUGCCAGUUUUAAACAAUGAAGCCAAUUUCCUGGUGACCUUACUCGCGGAAUUUGUCGAUGGGGGAGAUAUAAACUUACUUCCAGAACUCAAUAAAUGGUCAUUCAAAAUAGCCGCUCAAAUUACUAUGGGUGAUGAAGUGAGAAAUCAAGCGAACUACCAGAACGGAAAUCUUUUGGAAAGCUACAAGGCCCUUAACAACCUAAUACCCAUUGGUGUUGUAAUGCCUUGGCUCAGGAACAAGUAUCUUGGAAAGCUAUUUAGCUAUGAAAAACGACGACUAGAGGCCGCAACGCAGUCAAAUGCAUUCAUCAAAGACAUAAUAGACAAAAAGCUGAGUAGCACAGAUAAUAGCUCAGAACCGGCACUAAUUGACCGCAUUCUCAAUCUUGUGAGAAUCGGAGAACUUUCUUAUGACGACGUAAUGGGGGAAUUUUCUAAUAUCAUAUUUGCCGCAUCCGAUACUUUAUCUAUAACAGUCAACAAUGUGCUUAUCCUGAUGGCAAUGUUUCCUAAAUACCAGGAUAAUGUAUUUGAGGAGCUAGCAGAGGUGUUUCCUUCAGGAGGAGAAUUCGAAGCCAGUCAUGCGGAUCUGGAGAAAUUAGUGAAGCUGGAUCGAGUUUUGCAUGAGACUAUGCGUUUAAUACCGGCCGUUCCAUUACUGAUAAGGCAAACUUCCCAUUCUAUUCAACUAUCAAACGGAUUUUAUAUUCCAGAAGGCGUAACCUUAAUGAUAGACAUUUUUCACACUCAUCGUAAUAAGGAUAUCUGGGGACCACAGGCUAAUGCAUUUAAUCCCGAUAACUUUCUGCCUGAAAAUAAGCGAGCAAGGCCACCUUAUUCCUAUUUACCUUUUUCGAAGGGGAAGAAAACAUGCUUAGGUUGGAAACUCUCGCUGAUAUCUGCAAAGCUAGCUCUAGCUAAAAUAUUACGAAAUUAUAUGCUGAGUACCACCUUUUUGUACAAGGACCUUAGGUUUAUAGACAAUACCACUAUGAAGCUGGCUGAGCAACCAUUACUAGCAGUGAAACGUAGAAUAUAAUCAUUAAAGAAUAUUUCCAUACUGUUAGAAUGCAUGAAAUAAAAACCUCAAAGUAACCUU